CUCUAUUGAAGUGUUUGCAAAUAAAAUUUAUUUUGUAAAAGAUGAUAUCCAAAAUCACGAUAAUAGCGUGCAUCAUCUACGCUAUUGGUAUUGAACUUCUUCUGAAGAACAUGAGUUUUGUCAGUGGUAUUAGAGAUAGCUGCCUUGGAAGCCUCUUGACAAUCAAGUUUGAAUAUGUUAUUCUUUACAAGUUUAUGGAGUCUAGAUAUAGAGAUCCGAAAAGAUCAAUCCAGCAAACAAUAAUUGGAGAUUUCUUCAGGGUUUACUAUCCUGAUAUUUGCUUUGCUUUACUAUUCAGCACAGCUAAUAUUUCUAAAGCUUUCCAGACAUUGCCUUCGUUCUUUAUGAUAUUAUCUGUUCUUCAUUCGCUCAAUGAUGAUGUGUUAUUUAGAGCUUAUAGUAAAAACAAGUACUCCAAAUCCAUUUACUCUUUCAUCUAUGGAUUCUUAAAAGUGAUUUCCUUCUUUGCAGUUUUCAAGAGCAUGGCAGGUCAAAAUUAUAUUAUAGUGAUCUUUCACAUCCUCAAUACUCAAGCUCUGUGCACCCCUCUUGUUGAUAUUGUGGAAGACUAUGUCUUGGUUAAGACACAAAAAUGAAAUAAAGAAAUCAACUUCAAUGGAGCUUUGAACGCUCUCAACACUUAUAUAGCUAUGAUCUUAGUUGUUCUAGUUGGAGGAAGCUUAAAAUCCGCAGGGUUUAAUAACUUCAACCACAACCCUCUAUUCAACAUCGACCAUAUUAUUAAAGCAGGAUGACUCUUUAUUAUGAUUUUCAACUACUGUGACGGAGUUCAGACCAAAUUUGGCCAUGAUGGUGUGCUUAGAGGUUUUAAGAACUACUUCCCAAAUAUGACAAAGUAUAGCUACAAGUGUAAGACUGAGUAAUCUUAAUUACUGCUUCUAAAGAUUCUCUCGAUUGUAUUCUGAC